CUGGGAUUGGGCGUGUGAGCUCGCCUGCCCGGGAGAAAGCCAGACUCCAGGGUGGGAACGCAGGCUCUUCGGAGUGGGCCACAUCCUUGUGUUGGGGACACAUGAUCUCUUGAGGUUCCCUAUGCUGAGGUUGUAUUUUCUCAUCAGCUUGAUGUGCUUGGUGAAAUCAGACACUGACGAAACAUGCCCAUCCUUCACCAAACUGAGCUUCCCCAACGCAGUGGUUGGUACAGGACUCAAUGUAAGGCUGAUGCUCUACACAGAGAGAGACCAGGUCUGCGCACAACUCAUCAACUCCACAGCUUUGGGGAACUUAAAUGUGACCAAGAAAACCACCUUCAUUAUCCACGGCUUCCGGCCAACAGGCUCCCCUCCAGUUUGGAUGGAGGAGUUGGUGCACAGUCUGCUCCGUGAGCAAGAGAUGAACGUGGUGGUGGUUGACUGGAAUCGAGGAGCUACGACUGUGAUAUACAGCAGCGCCUCUGCGAAGACCAGAAAAGUCGCUGAGAUCUUGGAGGAAUUUAUCAAACACAUGGUGGACAAAGGAGCAUCUCUGGACAACAUUUAUAUGAUUGGAGUGAGUCUAGGAGCCCACAUAGCUGGAUUUGUUGGAGCAGCGUACCCUAAGAAGCUGGGGAGAAUCACAGGUCUUGACCCUGCGGGCCCUUUAUACAACGGGAGACCUCCCGAGGACAGAUUAGAUCCCAGCGAUGCACAGUUCGUUGACGUCAUCCACUCGGACACCGACGCACUGGGCUACAGGGAGCCGCUAGGACACAUGGACUUCUACCCCAAUGGGGGACUGGAUCAGCCCGGCUGCCCCAAGACAAUAUUUGGAGGCAUAAAGUACUUCAAGUGCGACCACCAGAUGUCUGUGUUCCUGUACCUCGCAUCCCUGCAAAACAACUGCUCCAUCACGGCCUAUCCCUGCGACUCCUAUCGGGAUUACAGGAAUGGCAAGUGUGUCAGCUGCGGCAUUGGACAAAGCAAGCCCUGUCCCCUUCUGGGCUACUACGCCGACAACUGGAAAAAAUACUUAGGAGAUCCUCCAAUGACGAAGGUGUUCUUUGACACAGCGGAGAAAAAACCAUACUGCAUGUAUCAUUAUUUUGUGGACAUUGUAUCUUGGAACAAGAGUGCAAGAAGAGGGUUCAUUACAAUCAAACUGAAAGGCAAAGAUGGACAUAUCACAGAAUCCAAAAUCGAUCACGAGCCAUCGACAUUUCAAAAGUACCAUCAAGUGAGUCUACUUGCAAGAUUUAAUCAAGAUCUGGAUAAAGUGACAGAAAUUUCCUUGUUGUUCUCCACAAAGUCAGUUGUGGGUCCAAAGUACAAGCUCAGAGUCCUUCGAAUGAAGCUGAGGUCCCUGGUCCACCCAGACAGGCCUCACUUGUGUCGCUACGAUCUCGUCCUUAUGGAAAACGUUGAGACGGUCUUCCAACCUAUUCAGUGCUCGAAGCAGCAGGUGUAGAAA